CGACUCCCGGCGCGGGGGGGGGGGGCCGGGCAGAGUGGGGUCUGCCUCUUUGGCUCCCGCUUUCUCUCCCCCCGCCCCCCCAGGAAGGCUUCACCGCGGGGUUAAAGCGUCGCGGCUGUGGGUGCGAAUCCGCCGCGCGGGGGCUCGGCGUCCGCCGGGAGGGGGCGCUGUGGGGGGCCGUGGGAGCGCGGGGGCCGGCGGAGGAUGCAGUUGGGGGAGCCGCUGCUGGGCGGCGCGCCGCACUUGGCGGGCGCCCCCUUCUUCCCCCUGGACGGCGGCGGCGCGGGCGGAGGCGGCCCCCCGCAGCCCGCCGCGCACCUCCCGCUGCAGCGGAGGCCGCCGGGCUCCCCGCCGCGGCGUCCGGACUUGGACAAAGGGCUGAAGCUGGGCGGGGAGGCGGCGGGCGGCGGGGCCGGGGCGCUGCUGGGAGAGGCGGACGGCGGAGACACCUUCCCGGCCGCCGCGGGGCCCAAGGACGGCCGCAAGAGCGCCCCCUGCGGGGGAGAGGAGGAGCUGCCCCCUGCCGCCGCCGCCGCCGCCGCCGCCGCCGCCGCCGCCGCCGCCGCCGCGUCCUCGUCCUCGUCCGGCGGCCGCUACUCCAUGGACAACCUGGGGUCCGAGCGCUACUACCUGCCGUCCCCCGGGCCGCAGGCGUCCGAGCUGGGCGGGCCCUGCUCCCUCUUCCCCUACCCGGCGGCGGCGGCGGCGGUGGUGGCGGCGGCGGCGGCUCAGCACGGCUCCGUCUACCCGGCGCCCGGCGGCGGCCGCUACCCCUACGGCUCCAUGCUGCCCCCUGGCGGCUUCCCGCCGGCCGUCUGCCCGCCCGCCAGGCCGCAGUUCGGCGGCGGAGGCCCUCCCGGAGGCGGCGGCGCCCCCGCAGCGGCGGCGGGAGGAGGCUCCGCAGGAGGAGGAGGAGGGGGCGCCUACCAGUACGGCCAGGGCGGCCCGGGGCCCCUCUACGGGCCCUACCCCGGGCCGGCGGCGGGGGGCCCGUGCAGCGGCCUGGUGGGACUGGCCGUGCCCGGAUCCGCACUCAGGGCCCAGGUCUUCCUCUGCAACAGGCCCCUGUGGCUCAAGUUCCACCGCCACCAGACGGAGAUGAUCAUCACCAAGCAGGGCAGGCGAAUGUUUCCUUUCCUGAGCUUCAACAUAAACGGGCUGAACCCCACCUCCCACUACAACGUGUUCGUGGAGGUGGUGCUGGCCGACCCCAACCACUGGCGCUUUCAAGGGGGGAAGUGGGUGACCUGCGGCAAAGCCGACAACAACAUGCAAGGCAACAAGAUGUAUGUUCACCCAGAGUCUCCCAAUACCGGCUCUCACUGGAUGAGGCAGGAGAUUUCCUUUGGGAAACUGAAACUCACCAACAACAAAGGCGCAAACAACAACAACACACAGAUGAUCGUCUUGCAGUCUUUACACAAGUACCAACCCCGACUUCACAUUGUAGAAGUUACAGAAGAUGGGGUUGAGGACCUGAACGAUGCUUCAAAGACACAGACUUUUACCUUCACCGAAACUCAGUUCAUUGCAGUGACGGCCUACCAAAAUACCGAUAUCACACAGCUGAAGAUAGACCAUAACCCAUUUGCAAAAGGCUUCCGGGACAACUAUGAUUCCAUGUACACCGCUUCCGAAAAUGACAGGUUAACUCCAUCUCCCACGGAUUCUCCUAGAUCCCAUCAGAUUGUCCCCGGUGGCCGCUAUGGCGUCCAGUCCUUCUUCCAGGAACCUUUCGUCAACACGUUGCCUCAAGCCAGAUUUUACAACGGAGAGAGAACCGUCCCCCAGACCAACGGCCUCCUUUCACCCCAGCAAAGUGAGGAGGUGGCCAAUCCUCCUCAGAGAUGGUUUGUUACUCCUGUUCAGCAACCAGGGAGCAACAAACUGGACCUAAGCUCCUACGAGUCCGAGUACACUUCCAGCACCUUGCUCCCCUACAGCAUUAAAUCCCUGCCCCUGCAAACGUCCCAUGCUUUGGGUUACUACCCUGAUCCGACGUUCCCGGCCAUGGCGGGGUGGGGAAGCAGAGGCUCUUAUCAGAGGAAAAUGGCAGCCGGCUUACCGUGGACUUCCAGAACGAGCCCCUCGGGUUUCUCUGAAGACCAGCUCUCCAAAGAGAAAGUCAAGGAAGAAAUCAACACUUCCUGGAUAGAGACCCCACCUUCCAUAAAGUCUCUCGAUUCUAAUGAUUCUGGGGUGUACACUAGCGCUUGCAAAAGGAGACGUCUCUCUCCUAGUACCUCCAGCAAUGAAAACUCCCCCUCAAUUAAGUGUGAGGACAUUAAUGCAGAGGACUAUAGCAAAGACACUUCGAAAGGCAUGGGCUACUAUGCCUUCUACACAAGCCCUUAAAGCAUUAUUGUACAUUUAUCAAAUCGGUAACUUUUCAAGGUGGACUUGGGUAUUUUUGUUUUUGUUUUUUGCCUAGGUUGCCAAAAAGACUUGCCUUUUCCACCUUGAAGCAUACUUUUUUUGUGCAAUUCUCUAUAGAAGGUGCCAAAGCUUUUUAAUUGCUGCAGGUAACUGGAACAGCCCUAAUAGAAAGAAAAAGUCAAUUGUUUUUAAAUGUUCAAUUUUAUUUUGAAGGAUCUUUUAAGAUUUGGUUGGAUGGCCCAGGUUUUAAUCACACAGCUUAUUUAUUCAGACACUAAGCUACAGUGCGAUCAGCUCAGUGUGAUCCAGGGACAGUAGGUGGUGGUGGGAAAGGGGUGGGAUGGGGUGGGGUGGGGGAGGUCGGGGGGUGUUUGAAGUGACCCAGAGAGGAUGAGUCUGGGGUUUAAGUGCUGUGCACUUAGGAGUGAGAGGGAGGCUUGAACCUUCGUUUCUGUUUCUAGCUCCCAGAACCAGCAGGAGUCGGGGGGGGUGGCUUAACCGAGGCGAAAGCGCCUUGCUUUGGCAGAAGAAACGGGCCUCAUGCGCAACCGAGAAAUCUCUGGCUGAUGGAAGUUGGCUCUAGGCAGUAAUAGUGUUUUCCUGAGGAGGAGGCCACCCUUGUCACAAGAGAGGAAGCGAAUCCUUUUGUGAAGGUUUAACCUGGAUCUCCCAUCCGCCCCGUAUUCCCAAAGGACUAGAGGACUGCAGCACUUGAAAAUGGGCUAAGGGAUUGGUUAUCGUGUGGGGUUGAAAGGCCCUGUGCUAGAAGAGGAAGUCACCAAAAAUAGAGAAUUAAACGGUGUACAGUUGUGUGUGUUUAGAGACGCUGUAGAAAAAUACUGUGGAAUAUAUUAUAAAAAUAGUUUACAUAGGAGUCUGGUCAAAAUCUUGUAAAGUUUUGGUGCUUUGGCGUUGUAAAGGAUUUCUGAGUCACUGGAACUGCUGCAGGACACUGGAAUGGGGUUGGGAGGUGAGGUGGGGGGGGGUCAGGGGGAUGGUCUUAAUUACCGCCCUUCAGGACAUUGGAAGAGAAUCUAUUUACUUCGUAGGUAGAGAAGAAUGUAUUUUUCAGUUGCCCUGUCCUAACUGCAAAUAUGUUUAAAAAAACAAAAAGAACUCUCCAACUCCUUUCUCUCUCUCUCUGAUGACUUUUAUGAAAUGUGGGCCAGUCAGAGUCCACGCACCAGCUCAUGAAGGCUUUUCAGUUUUCUUGGGUUUCGUAUGUACAGUAAGUAGUGGUUUUUAAUAAACGUGGUGCGUGCAGGGAAAGG